UGUCAAACAUUUUGUCACUUUUGCAAAAAAGUCUAAAAAUAAAAUCUGCGGGUGUGUGUGAUUGUUGAAAAAAAUUAUUGAAAAUUUCGUAGUUAUCGCAUCGAAAAACGAAUAAAGAAAAAUGAUUAAUCUAAUCCGUGUCAACGCUAGCAAUAUCAUUAGAAAUGCAAUAACACAUCCAACAUCAACCACCGUACGGUACGGUGGUACGUUCUACCGUACGGGAGCUAUCAAACCAAUGCCAAAAGUGCUUCCAUUCGGUUUCUUGGGCUUAAUUGGAUCUGUUGUACCAGGAUUAUUCAUUGGAGCGGCAAUUAGCAAAAGUGUGGCCAAUUUCUUAGAAGAAAAUGAAUUAUUUGUGCCGUCCGACGACGAUGAUGACGAAGAUUAAAGAAUUUUUGCUUUUUUGUGUCAAACGUUUUUUCGAUUCAAUAAACAAUGCAAAAAAAAAUUUGACAAAUUUAAAUCGAUUGAAUUUUUUUUCUCAAAAUGUAAAAAGCUUUUAUUCAUUUAACAACGUUUAGAAUUUAAUAAAUUAUUUUAUUUUUUUAAUUUUAAUUUUAAUUUUACGUGUCUUUUUCUAAGAAAAAUCUUGCGAGAAUUUACCAAAAUACCGAAUUAAUGUAGACAGAACAGAAAUUAUAAAAUUGAAAAGAUUUUUUUUUGUUUCACAUUGCUCUUCUUCCUGCCAUCGAACUGCUAAGUUACUUUGUAAAUAAUUUUGAAAUAAAUUCAAUUUGUAACUUGUUUA